CUGUGUUUGUUGUGUUGAAGCCCAGAGCAGCAGGAGAGAGCAGGCUCCCCUGGACCCAGCUGUGUCUCCAUGAAGAGUGGCCACUCUCAACCUCCUGACCUGAAAGAUGGACACCCCUCCAGAGAGGAGAGACACCAGGAGAGGUCAAAGGCUACCAGUGCUCAGUCUGAACAGCAGCAUCAAACAGAGCUGAUCAAGAGGGCUGAGGAAAACGCACAUGCUUUCCUAGACAAGGAGAUGAAGAAGCUCUGGAGGGAUCUCUUCUCAGAUUACCCACAAUGCUCAGAGAGUCAGAGGGAGGAGGAGGAGGAUGGUAAGAACGAGGAGCAGAGGAGGCGCGCCAUAGAGGGAGUGGUGGACAUCACAAAGCUCUGCCUGAUGGAGAUGAACCAGGAGGAACUGGCCGACACACUGUGGGGCGGAUCUGCUGCUGUUGAGUGCCAACAUAAAAUCAAGUCUCAUUUGAAGAAGAAGUUCAAGUGUGUGUCUGAGGGAAUCCCUAAAGCAGGAAAUCCAACGGGUCUGAAUGACUUCUACACAGAGCUCUUCAUCACAGAGAGAGGCAGCGGAGAGGUCAACAAAGAACAUGAGGUCAGACUGAUUGAAACAGCUUCCAGGAAACCAGCCAAGGAAGAAACACCAAUCAAAUGUGAAGACAUCUUUAAACCCUUACCUGGACGAGAUCAACCAAUCAGAACAAGAAUGACAACUGGAGUGGCCGGCAUUGGUAAAACCAUCGUAACACAAAAGUUCACUCUGGACUGGGCUGAAGGCAAAGCCAACCACGACAUACACUUCACAUUUCUCUUAACUUUCAGAGAGCUGAAUUUACUGAAAGAGAAAGAGUUUAGCUUUGUUGAACUUCUUCAUCACUUCUUUAUUGAGACCAAAGAAGCAGGAAUCUGCAGAUAUGAACGGUUCAAAGUUCUCUUCAUCUUGGAUGGUCUGGAUGAGUGUCGACUUCCUCUGGACUUCCAGAACAACCAGACCUGGACUGAUGUCAAAGAGCCGUCCUCGGUGGACGUGCUGCUGACCAACCUCAUCAGGGGCGACCUGCUUCCCUUCGCUCGCAUCUGGAUAACCACACGCCCUGCGGCAGCCAAUCGGAUCUCUGCUGAGUGUGUUGACAUGGUGACAGAGGUGAGGGGGUUCACUGACCCACAGAAGGAGGAGUACUUCAGGAAGAGAUUCAGAGAUGAGGCACGGGCCAACACAAUCAUCUCCCACGUCAAGAAAUCACAAAGCCUCCACAUCAUGUGUCACAUCCCAGUCUUCUGUUGGAUCACUGCUACAGUUCUGGAGGACAUCUUAAAAAAAUCCCAGAUAGAAGAGAUCCCCAAGACCGUGACUCAGAUGUACAGCUACUUCCUUUGGGUUCAGUCGAUACAGGGGGACAGGAAGUACCAUGGGAGAGCUGAAACGGAUCCAUACUGGGGUCCAGAGAGCAGGAAGAUUAUUGUUUCUUUGGGAAAACUGGCUUUUAACCAGCUGGAGAAAGGCAACCUGAUCUUCUACGAGGAAGACCUGGCAGAGUGUCACAUCGAUAUCAAAGAAGCCUCAGUGUACUCAGGAGUGUUCACCAAGAUCUUUAAAGAGGAGUGUGGGAUGUACCAGGACAAGGUGUUCUGCUUUGUCCAUCUGAGCCUCCAGGAGUUUCUGGCUGCCCUUUAUGUCUUUCUGUUCUUCAUCGACACUGGUAUCAAUCUGCUCUCAGAAGAACCACCCACUUCUGGGGAAGAUAAACUCCUCCUCCUCUACCAGAAUGGUGUGGGCAAGGCCUUACAGAGUGAGAACGGACACCUGGACUUAUUCCUCCGCUUCCUCCUGGGCCUCUCUCUGGAGACCAAUCAGAUUGUCCUACGAGGUCUGCUGGGACAGACAGGAACUAGCUCACUGACCAAUACAGAAACAGUGUCUUACAUCAAGGAGAAGAUAGAUGGAGAUCUCUCUCCAGAGAGAAGCAUGAACCUGUUCCACUGUCUGAAUGAGCUGAACGACCGUUCUCUAGUGAAGGAGAUCGAACAGUACCUGACAUCAGGAAGUCUCUCUGGAGAAUCUCUCUCUCUUGCUCAACUGUCAGCUCUGGCCUUUAUCCUACUGACAUCAGAAGAGGGGCUGGACGUGUUUGGUCCAACUCUCAGCUUCCAGUAA